ACGCGCAGGCGCCUUCUCCGCCCUGCCCUGCCUACGGCCUCCCCAGCCAGCGAAUUGGGGCUUUUCUUCCAUUUGCGGUGUCGGAAGGCGAGCGCUGAGCGGGAUGUCCCCUGCCAUCCACGAGCCGCCUCAUCAGUCCGGCGGCCAGCAGUCGGACGCUACGAAGAAAAGCCUGAAAGAUGAAAUUGAAAUGGUUUUGCGGGAACGCAUUAUGGUUUUGGAUGGAGGCAUGGGGACCAUGAUCCAGCAACAUAACUUAACCGAAGAGCAAUUUCAAGGUGAAGAAUUUAAGGAUCAUACGAAACCGCUAAAGGGAAACAAUGAUCUGUUAAGCAUAACUCAGCCCGACAUAAUCUACAAAAUUCACAAGGAAUACUUGCUGGCUGGUGCUGAUAUCAUUGAGACAAACACUUUCAGCAGCACCAGAAUAGCACAAGCUGACUAUGGCCUUGAACAUCUGGCUUAUCGGUUAAACAAAAUAUCAGCACAGGUAGCCCGAAAAGCAGCCGAUGAUGUCACUGCUGAGACAGGAAGGAAAAGAUAUGUUGCUGGUGCAAUGGGUCCCACAAACAAGACCCUUUCUGUCUCCCCUUCAGUGGAAAAGCCAGAUUACAGAAAUGUCACUUUUGAUGAGCUUGUGGAAGCGUACACCGAACAAGCCAAAGGACUUCUUGAUGGUGGAGCAGAUAUCAUGUUAGUUGAAACCAUAUUUGAUACAGCCAAUGCCAAGGCAGCUCUCUUUGCGCUCCAGAGGUUGUUUGAGGAAGAGUAUGACCCCAGACCAUUGUUUGUAUCAGGAACCAUUGUCGAUAAAAGCGGCCGCACUCUCUCUGGCCAGACUGGGGAAGCUUUUGUCAUCAGUAUAUCUCACUGUGACCCACUUUGCAUCGGACUAAACUGUGCCUUGGGGGCAGUGGAAAUGAGGCCCUUCAUUGAAACUAUUGGGAAGUGUACAACAGCCUACAUUAUUUGCUAUCCCAAUGCAGGUCUUCCUAACACCUUUGGUGGUUAUGAUGAAACACCUGAAGUGACUGCCAAGCACCUAAAGGAUUUUGCCUUAGAUGGUUUGGUGAACAUAGUUGGUGGCUGCUGUGGAACCACUCCAGCGCAUAUCUGGAAGAUAGCUGAAGCAGUAAAGACAUGCAAGCCUCGUAUUCCUGCCUCCUCUUUUUCAGAAGGCUACAUGCUGCUCGCAGGCUUGGAACCCUUCAGGAUUGGGCAGUACACCAACUUUGUGAACAUUGGUGAACGCUGCAAUGUUGCAGGAUCACGAAGGUUUGCCAAACUCAUCAUGGCCGGCAAUUAUGAAGAGGCCCUGAGUGUAGCCAAGGCCCAGGUUGAGAUGGGAGCUCAAAUUUUGGAUCUCAAUAUGGACGACGGGAUGCUGGAUGGGCCAUGUGCUAUGGCCAGAUUCUGCAACUUCAUUGCUUCAGAACCUGACAUUGCCAAGGUGCCGCUCUGUAUCGAUUCUUCAAAUUUUGCAGUGAUAGAGGCUGGGUUGAAGUGCUGCCAAGGAAAAUGCAUAGUGAACAGCAUCAGUCUGAAGGAAGGCGAAGAAGACUUCCUGGCAAAAGCGAGAAAGAUAAAGAAAUAUGGAGCAGCUGUGGUAGUUAUGGCUUUUGAUGAAGUGGGUCAGGCCACUGAAUCUGACGAAAAAAUUUCGAUCUGCACCAGAGCCUACCACCUCCUAGUGAACAAAGUGGGCUUUAAUCCGAACGAUAUCAUUUUUGAUCCCAACAUUCUUACCAUAGGUACUGGAAUGGAGGAACACAAUCUGUAUGCAAUUAACUUUAUCAAUGCGGCUAAAACCAUAAAAGAAACUCUGCCUGGAGCCAAAAUAAGUGGAGGCCUUUCCAAUCUGUCUUUUUCCUUUCGGGGAAUGGAAGCUAUUCGAGAAGCAAUGCAUGGAGUUUUUCUGUACCAUGCCAUUAAGUAUGGAUUGGACAUGGGGAUUGUGAAUGCGGGAAACUUGCCUGUGUAUGAUGAUAUCCAUAAGGAGCUGUUGCAGUUGUGUGAAGAUUUGAUUUGGAAUAAGGAUCCAGAGGCCACAGAGAAGCUUCUGCGUUAUGCCCAGACUCAUGCUCAAGGAGGAAAGAAAGUGAUACAGACAGAUGAAUGGAGAAAUGGCUCUGUGGAAGAAAGACUGGAGUAUGCCCUUGUCAAGGGUAUGGAGAAAUAUGUGGUUGAAGACACAGAAGAAGCUAGAUUAAACAAAGAAAAGUAUCCCAGACCUCUGAAUAUAAUUGAGGGGCCUCUGAUGAAUGGCAUGAAAACAGUUGGUGAUCUUUUUGGAGCUGGCAAGAUGUUUCUACCACAGGUUAUCAAAUCUGCUCGCGUUAUGAAGAAGGCUGUUGGUCAUCUGAUUCCCUUCAUGGAAAAGGAAAGAGAGGAAAAGCGUGCAUUGUCAGGUUCCACAGAAGAAGAGGACCCCUACCAAGGCACAAUUGUGUUAGCUACUGUGAAAGGUGACGUGCAUGACAUUGGCAAGAACAUUGUGGGAGUUGUUCUGGGCUGCAAUAAUUUCAGAGUUAUUGAUUUGGGAGUCAUGACGCCAUGUGACAAGAUACUCAGAGCUGCUCUUGAGAACAAAGCAGAUAUCAUUGGUUUGUCUGGCCUCAUCACACCCUCUUUGGAUGAGAUGAUAUUCGUUGCCAAGGAGAUGGAGAGAUUAGAAAUCAAGAUUCCUUUGCUGAUUGGAGGAGCAACUACUUCCAAGACACAUACAGCUGUAAAAAUUGCUCCACGAUACAGUGCUCCUGUUGUCCAUGUCCUAGAUGCCUCUAAGAGUGUGGUGGUUUGCUCUCAGCUUUUAGAUGAGAAUAUAAAGGAUGACUUCUUUGAAGAAAUACAAGAGGAAUAUGAAGACAUUAGACAGGACCACUAUGAUUCUCUCAAGGAAAGGAGAUAUUUAUCACUAGAGCAGGCGAGGAAUAAGGGCUUUUAUUACGAUUGGCUAACUGAAUCUAAACCAGUUAAACCGCUGUUCCUCGGCACUAGAGUCUUUGAAGAUUAUGAUGUGCAGAAGCUGGUGGAAUACAUUGACUGGAAGCCCUUUUUCGAUGUCUGGCAGCUUAGAGGCAAAUACCCCAACCGGGGAUUUCCUAAAAUCUUCAACGAUAAAACAGUGGGGGAAGAGGCAAAAAAAGUUUAUAAUGAUGCGCAGAAUUUGCUGAAAACUUUGAUUACGCAAAACAGAUUUAAAGCUAAAGGUCUGGUUGGAUUCUGGCCAGCUCGGAGUGUUCAAGAUGACAUUUAUUUAUAUGCCACAGAAGAGGAAGUGCAGUCUUCAGUACCAAUAGCUAAAUUCUGUGGGUUAAGGCAACAGGCUGAGAAAGACUCUUCUUCUACAGAUCCCUAUUACUGCUUGUCUGAUUUCAUAUCCCCUCUGGAGUCGGGUAUACCUGACUAUUUGGGUCUUUUCGCUGUGGCCUGCUUUGGAGUAGAUGAGCUGUGCACGGAAUAUGAGAAGCAGUCCGACGAUUAUAAUAUCAUAAUGGUGAAAGCACUGGGAGAUCGGUUAGCAGAGGCAUUUGCUGAGGAGCUGCAUGAAAGGGUCCGGAAAGAAUUUUGGGCUUACUCUGAGGGUGAACAGCUGGAAUUUUCAGACCUGCGUAGGAUCAGAUAUGAGGGGAUUCGUCCUGCCCCUGGGUAUCCCUGUCAACCUGACCACCUGGAAAAACUCACCAUGUGGAAACUUGCAAACAUUGAGGAGGCAACAGGUAUUCAGCUGACAGAAUCCUUAGCCAUGCUACCUGCUUCAGCAGUGUCAGGUCUCUACUUUUCCAACCCUGAAUCCAAGUACUUUGCUGUUGGGAAAAUACUGAAAGAUCAGGUUGAAGAUUAUGCCUUAAGGAAAAGCAUGCCUGUGGCAGAUGUGGAAAAAUGGCUGGGGCCCAUUCUUGGAUAUGAUCCAGAAUAACUGUAUGUGCAUUGAGGGUGGGGAUGUGAUAGGGCCUUUGUCUUGAAAGAUAUGAAUGAGAAGAAAAGGCAAAGCUCAGGACUCACGCACAAGAAACAGGUACCAUAUGGAGGCAACAUCCCUGCCCCCAACAAGCUACAGUGUCUGCCACAGCAAAAGCUAAAAAAAUGUUGGCUGUGGAGUAAACCUUAGUUUUGGUCACCAUAGAAAGUCAAUUAAAAUGGCCAACAUGUACAUUUAAUGUACAGAUACAGAUACAGGUUCCUAUGUAUCAUGUCUAUGUAUCAUGUUUCUAAUUAAAAGGUCCUCCCACUUCAUUUUUGGAGCCCGAUGUAAAAGAGAUGAAUAUGUACAUGAAAUGCUCCUGACUUGCUAAGAUUUGGGGCUUUUAAUCAGAAAAGUUUAGUCUUCAAAUGUGCUGUUAGAGGAACACUAAUGAAACGCUACACAGAGCCCAUAACCCAGGCAUCCCCAAACUUCGGCCCUCCAGAUGUUUUGGACUACAAUUCCCAUCAUCCCUGACCACUGGUCCUCUUAGCUAGGGAUCAUGGGAGUUGUAGGCCAAAACAUCUGGAGGGCCGCAGUUUGGGGAUGCCUGCCAUAACCCAUAAUUAUCUCCCUGUGUGAAUAUUGUUAUUGGGUUGAGCACAGCCAUUAUUAUUUAUUUCUAGCCAUAAAAAAUUAUGUCAAGACAAAUAGUUGCACUGAUAUGUCCCACUGCCCAGGGAUAUGAAUAUAAUCACAGGACACUGAUCCUUGAUUGGACUGUGUGUAUAUAUAAAAUGGCAAAUAGUCAGAAAUCUGACAGAUUGUAAGUGCCUUGAUUCUGAUUUCCACGGUAAUUUCUCUUUUCAGCCUUUGUCUUUCUAAAUAAGCUUACCCGAUUGUUCACUGUAGCUCAACUAUUUGGUAGACUCAGGAAAAUCAUGUAAUUCUUUGAAUUUUUAAAUUUCUACUUAUAUUCACGGGUAGUUAAGGUUUCUGUUCUGUUACUACUGGGGAAAGUCUCUUUGCCUGUCUUUUUUGUUAUAUACCAACAUUUGCCACAGUAUUAGGCUCUAAGAAGUCUUUAGGCGUUUACUUCUUAAAGUGUGGCAGCACACUAGCUUAACCUGCUGCCAGAUUUCAAGUCUGUCGCUUGAAAUCUCCACUGAAAUUCCCCACUCAGUUGCGUUUUUGAAGACCUGUGCGAUUCUUUGAAUUUUCCCAGUUCGGGAAAUUAGACUUCCACAAUAUAAUUUCAUGCAUUUUAUCUUGUAGCAUGAGAAUAGCACUCUUAUUCAAAGAAGCAUAAGUAUAAUUUAUAAACAGGUUUUGAUAGGUUCUGCUCAGGGCCUCGAUAAAGUGAAAGUAAAUAGUUUACAUUUCUGAAGCUACAAAGAAGCAUCUCAUUUUGUUAUACUUGACAAGAUCCUGUCCCAGGACCAAUAGAUUAGAACUGACUCCAGAAAACAAGGUAAAAACUGGACUAAGUUUGACAUUCUUGAAAGGUCAAAUGUAUCCUUUCAAUAACAGUUGAAAUGUGAUGGACAAUUCAUAACAGGUUGUUCUUGAUGAGUGCACAUAUGGAUAUGUCCCCAGUGGUUCAGACUGCCAGUCAGUGUGUGAUGUGCUGAGCUGAAAUAAGUGUAUUCAGUGCUGCUUGAGGAAAAGUUGUUUGAGUACCCUGGUUCCAUUAUCCAAGUGUCAUAGAAGCUGCUGCAGCAUGGCUUCUUUCCAUACUCCUUGAAUAACUUAGAUAGCCCCAAGGCUUUUAGCCCUCCGGGUGCUACUGCAUUAAAACUUCUAUUGUCUCUGACCAUUGGUCAUACUGUUUGGGAUAGACGGGAGUUGCAAUUCAACAACAUCUGGAGGACUAGGAUGUUCCUCGCCGCUGCACUAGAGCAUUGCCCCUGUUUCCAUGCUGGAAUGGAAAGCUGUGUUACUGUGAUUCCCCUCCCCCCCCAUGAUCUUGGGCUUCUGAUGUUGCCCAAAGCACUUGGGUAAAAUCAAAAUGCAGCAGGUGAUCCCCUUUACGAAAUCCUUGCCUAUAACAUGACUGAGAGUCAGAUAAGGCUAUCUGGAAGGCAAUUUCACAGAGGAAACAGAAAUAUAUCUUGGGGUGGAUUUAUUUUGACUACAGAAGGACAAGUUCACAAAAGGAUCAAUGUUAUACUAACUGCAUAGAGAAGACAGUGAUGUGGUUUGCACACCGUUGUCACAUUAAGCCAAAACAUGGCUUAGGGCAAAUACACAGGCUUCCAAAGAAGAUAAUUAGGCCAUUUUUCUUGUCCUCAGUAGUCCUGCAACUGCACACUGAGCUACACCAUCAUUUGCCUUAGUGUGUCAGGGGAUCAUAGUUUUGCUCUCCUGGACCAAUCACUAGCCAUAAACUAUUAAGACAAAUCUGGAUUUGGACAACAUGCCAAACCAUGACUUAGCUCAAUGGAGCAGCCGAAUGGCAGAGACGUAAGCCACAAUGAUCUAAUCUAAUGCUUGUGUGUUCACACUAAGCCAUAGUCUGGCUCUUUGACAUGUGAACCAGGCCUAUGAAUGGAAAAUCUGCUGCUUGCUUCCUGAAAGUGUGUUUUUCAGCUACCUAGUCCAGCAAAGCUGCCUUUAGGCGUUGAUGCAUCUGCAAUGAAACUUGCUUAGCAGCUGAUGUCAAUAAAAACAAGAACUUUGAUUAUUAAACUGCCAAACAAUAGAACAGAUUCAGAGCAUUGUGAAGUGCAGCAGGAAAUAUGAAAAUGGAUGUUUAAAUAGUCAAAUCUUGUGUGCGUGCUUUAUGUAACGGUACAUUCUUCUGACUUGCAUAAUGUUUUGUAUUAUAAAUGCAUAUUGAAACUGAGUUUCAAAAGUUUGCCAUUAAAUUUUGAUUCAGUCAAA